AUGGGAAAAAUCCCCCGCCUGCUAAUGGGGCGGUAUGAGCUCGACAGGCUGCUCGGCAAGGGCAGCUUCGCAAAGGUGUACCACGCGCGCAAUGUAGGCACCGGGGAGGAGGUGGCCAUCAAGAUCAUGGACAAGGAUCACCUGCCCAAGUUAGGCGCCGUGCAGCAGCAAAUCAUGCGCGAGAUCGAUAUCAUGCGCCGGGUGCGCCACCCCCACGUCGCGCGCAUCCACGAGGUCAUGGCCACCAGGAAGAGCAUCUUCGUCGUCAUGGAGUUCGUCGGAGGCAGCACCCUCAACGCCCACCUGGUCCACCGCGCCGGCCGCGGCAUCAGCGAGGCCUCGGCUCGCCGCGUCUUCCAGAAGCUUGUGUCCGCGCUCGACUACUGCCACUCGCUUGGCGUGUACCACCGCGACAUCAAGCCCGACAACAUUCUCGUCGACGCCACGGGCAACAUCAAGGUCGCCGAUUUCGGGCUCUCGGCCCUAGCCGGCACGGCGCAACGGGAAGCAUUGCUCCACAUCCUCUGUGGGGACGCCCAUGAGCCGAGCGAGCAGAUGCGGUUCACGUCUUCCGCGCCCGUGUCCAAGAUCAUCUCCAAGCUGGAGGAACUCGCUGGGCACGUCAGCUUCACGGCGCGCACCAAGGAGUACCAGGUGAGCAUCGAGGAGAUGACGAACGGGAACCAGGGCGUGCUCCUUAUCUCUGCCAAGAUCUUCGAACUCACGCCUGAGCUCGUCAUGGUGAAGGUUUGCAAGAAGGCUGGCGACACCACUCAGUACCGGCAGUUCUGCAACAACGAGCUCAAGCCCGGCCUUCGUGGCCUCGUCGACGGACUGCCGGAGGACAACGCCGAGUGCAUGGCCUCCAUCUCUGGAUGA